CAGAGGAAGCGUCAUCUUUCAUCUUUCACUGCUGCUGCUUUUCAGGAGCGUCUGAUCUUCACUCGCCUUCUCGCGUUAAAGCGUCUAAAAGCUCCCGGAUGACGCGGAGCCGAUCGUUUAAUAUAAUAUCAUACCUUCAAACAAACGAACCGGCCUUCGACGAGUUUCGACGGAGCACCGUGAUGAAUUUCUCCCGUCGUCACACAGGCGGGCGGACCGAAGCUCCGCUGGAGCACCAUUAGUGUAUGUGUGUAAAAAAAAAAAUAUAUAUAUUUAUACAUAUAUAUAUGUGGAUCCAACCGAACCGGGACCGGAUCAUGAACGCGCCGUGCUGAAGUGGUGGGCCUCUCGAGCGGAAAACGGCGCGAGUCUCGCGCUGCUGCUGUUAGCCUGAUCGCUGCUAACGGGCCUAAAAAAGCCCGGUCUGAUCUCUACAGUCCGAUCUAAACAGCUGUGUGAGCGUUAAUAAGAUCCUCCAGCGGGAGAGCAGAGGAUGGCCAGCCGCCUGAGCGCCGAUGAGGAGCAGGCCACGAAGCAGUUUUUGGAGGAAAUCAACAAAUGGACGUCCCAACACGGCGUCUCGCCAUUGUCCUGGGACGUGGCUGUGAAGUUUCUGAUGGCCCGCAAGUUUGAUGUUCUGCGAGCGAUCGAGCUUUUUCACAGCUACAGGGAGACACGUCUGAGGGAGGGCAUUGUCAAACUGCAGCCUCACGAGGAGCCGUUACGCUCUGAGCUGUUGAGUGGGAAGUUCACUGUGUUGGGUGUCCGGGACCCGUCUGGCGCAUCCAUCGCCCUCUACACGGCUAAACUGCACCAUCCCAGCAAAACAGGAAACCACGUUGUUCUUCAGGCCCUGUUCUACCUACUGGACCGAGCUGUGGAGAGUUUUGAGACUCAGAGGAAUGGACUGGUCUUCAUUUAUGACAUGGCUGGAUCCAACUACACAAACUUUGAACUGGACCUCAGCAAAAAGAUCCUCAGUUUGCUCAAGGGUGCGUUCCCAGCACGGCUCAAGAAAGUGCUUAUUGUUGGAGCUCCUGUGUGGUUCAGGGUCCCGUAUAACCUUUUGAGUCUGUUACUGAAGGAGAAGCUCAGAGAACGGGUUCAAAUGGUGAAGAUGUCCGACCUGCGACAACAUCUGCCCAGAGACUGUUUACCUGAGCACCUGGGCGGCUGUUUGCCUCUGGACGUGCACAGCUGGAACCUGCAGCUGCUGUCCGAGCAGAACGGACGUGUGGACCCUGUGGACGAGCUGGUGGGGAUUCCUCUGGAGAACACAUCCAUACACGUCCCAGGACCUGAGGCCAUGGGUCUGGCCGAGCUCAUGGCCCACCUGAACCGGGCCCAGCGCAGCGGGAUCUACCUGGAGUAUGAGGAGCUUCGCAGAGAGCAGCCACCUGGAACCUUCACCUGUGCACUGGCUGCUCACAACCAGGAGCGGAAUCGUUAUGGCGACGUGCUGUGUCUCGAUCAGACUCGUGUGCGACUCAAAGCGAGGAGAAACGAGAGAUCAGACUACAUAAAUGCCAGCUUCAUGGAUGGAUACAAACAGAAAAAUGCAUAUAUUGGGACUCAGGGUCCAUUGGAGAAAACCUACGGGGAUUUCUGGAGAAUGGUUUGGGAGCAAAGUGUGCUUGUCAUUGUAAUGACAACAAGGACGGACGAGGGGGGCCGGAGGAAGUGUGGACAGUACUGGCCCAAGGAGGAGGGCGGUCAGGAGGUGUAUGGGCACAUCGCUGUGGUUAAUCACAGAGUGGAUAAACAAGCACAUUACAACCAAACCACACUUGAGCUGCACAACACUGAGACAUUCGAACAGAGACAGGUGACACAUUUUCAGUUCCUCAGCUGGCCUGAUUACGGGGUCCCAUCCUCCGCGCUGUCUCUGAUUGACUUCCUGGGUGCCGUGAAGCACCAGCAGCAGUGGGCGGUCCAGGCUUUCGGCUCACAGUGGAGGGGUCAUCCGCUCGGCCCGCCCAUGGUGGUCCACUGCAGCGCUGGCAUCGGCCGGACCGGUACUUUUUGUGCGCUGGAUAUCUGUCUGUCCGAGCUGCAGGACGUCGGGACUCUUAACAUUUGCCAGACGGUUCGACGGAUGAGAGCGCAGCGUGCCUUCAGCAUCCAAACACCCGAGCAGUACUAUUUCUGCCACACCGCCAUCCUCGAGCAUGCCCAGAGACAGGGCCUGCUUUCAGCCAAUCAGUGAGCAGCAGGGCCCACUCGU